ACCGUCGAGGAGCAGAGUGUGAGUGGCUGCGCCGUUGCGUUGGGCCCCAGGAGAACAGUGUGUGAGUGUGUGUCGAGCAUCCUGCGUGGCCGUUGCCAGGUAGGUGUGCCUUCCUUUGCAGUAAGCAGUGCUUAGGCGUGAGCCCAGCUCAUCCCCCUGUCCUCAGCAGAUGGGCUUUCUGCGUGCUUUAUUGCUGUGCUUGGUGCCAUACGGCACAGCAGCAGCAAGGCCGUGAACACGUACGUAGCCAGGUAGAUGCAAAUGUGCAACGGCGGAGCCAUGUUGCGGGCGGCGGCGACGGCGCGGGGCAUGAGGAGGGCGGCAUCGCUGCUGCACCAGUUUCAGAGGCUUCAGAGUACGUUGGUCAUAGCAGAACACAACAAUGAGACUCUUACACCCAUUACACUCAAUGCAGUCACUGCAGCAAAACGUCUCGGAGGCGAAGUUUCCUGUUUGGUUGCUGGAACCAGUUGUGACAAGGUAGCACAAGAGCUCAGCAAGGUGCAGGGUGUUGCAAAAGUGCUUGUGGCUCAGCACGACCUAUUCAAGGGAUUUCUGGCAGAGGAGCUGACUCCCUUGGUUUUGGAAACUCAGAAACAAUUUAAAUACACUCACAUUUGUGCUGGAGCAUCUGCCUUUGGGAAGAAUCUUAUUCCCAGAGUGGCUGCGAAGCUGGAUGUUGCUCCUGUUUCUGACAUCAUUGAGAUCAAAUCACCCAACACUUUUGUGAGAACUAUCUAUGCAGGGAAAGUUCUUUGCACCGUCCAGUGUGAUGAAGCAGUUAAAGUGUUUUCUGUACGGGGAACAUCUUUUGAGGCUGCACCAACGAGCGGCGGCAGCGCCAGUGUGGAGAAAGUGACCCCUCCAGCACCUGUUGGUCUGUCGGAAUGGAUUGAGCAGAAGCUGUCAAAAAGUGACCGGCCUGAGCUUACGAGUGCAAGAGUGGUUGUAUCAGGUGGAAGAGGCUUAAAGAGUGGGGAAAAUUUUAAGUUGCUGUAUGAUCUUGCGGACCAAUUGAAUGCUGCAGUUGGAGCUUCCCGUGCAGCUGUAGGUGCUGGCUUUGUUCCUAAUGACAUGCAAGUUGGACAGACGAGUAAAAUAGUAGCACCAGAACUCUAUAUUGCUGUGGGAAUAUCUGGAGCAAUCCAACACUUGGCUGGGAUGAAGGACAGCAAGACCAUUGUUGCUAUUAACAAGGAUCCAGAAGCUCCAAUUUUCCAAGUGGCCGACUAUGGACUGGUGGCAGACUUAUUUCAGGCAGUGCCUGAGAUGACGGAGCUCCUGAAGAAGAAGUGAGCAACUGCAGUGGCUGCAGUUGGGCUGGGCAGUAAUGACAGCACAACCCCAAGAUUACUGGAGAGUACUGGUGUCAGUGUAUGUUUGUGCUGGGCAGUGCUUGGUACGGGUGGAGGUGGGGACAGAGGUGGUAUGAAGGAAUAACAGUAAUAAAGGAUUGGAGUGGAAACCGGCCGGCUUCACGUCCCUUGGGAGACUUGGGAGACGGUGAAGAAACCAAAGGCAACCUGGUUCAUGCAGCUCAACCUGGGCGAGGAGGUGCCCGUCAUCAUCCACCGGGACAACAUCAUCAGUGACUACAACCAGAUCAUCGACUACAUGGAGAGGAACUUCACAGGAGGUAACGGGGGCACAGCUGCGUGCCGGGCUUCGUCUCAGCACAAACCUAGGGCAGAUUUGAAUGUCGGUGGCCAAAUGCACCCAUUUCCUCCCACAAAGGUUUGGCUCGCCCACAUCCAGUUCUCACGCUUUGCUAUCAAGAUGAAGGAUUUCCAGCAGAAAUCCUCAGACAUCCCUUGCAAAUCCUGCAAGGGGGAUUUGGGAGAGCUGCAGCUGGGUUUGCCCUUCUGUCCUAGAGUCUAUGCUCCCAAACUGAACCACUCCUCCCAUCUCCAUGGCUUGGGAGCCCAUGGUGUGCGGUGGCAUCUCACCAGGCUCUGCACGCUGGGGACAGAGUGACAGAGAUGCAGAGGAAGGGACGGCUGAGAGGGAACUCCUGUGUCCUCCCCUUGGAGCAGGGCUGAAGCUGGGACGCUGAGGUCCGAGGCCGCUCCUCACGCAGCUGCUUUGGCAAGUAGCAUCUCCAGCCCCUUAGUCCAUGUCAUCCCAGAUCUGCAGGCUGCCACGCUGGGAUGCUCCGCUGGGAGACUUCAAAGCCCAGCACGGAGCUUUGGCUGUGGCAUCAAGACUCUCGCCCCAGCAUCCAUCAGCCUUGCGGCGGAGGCAUCAAAAACAUCUCUAAAUAGCUCCCCAAGCACAGGCACCAUGCCAGCUCAGCUGCUGUCCUCUCCCGGCCGGCCGCCAUCGUGCUCAGCAGAGGUGCCGCACUUCCUUGCCGCUGGGAUGGCAGACAGACAGACAGACACCAGAGCCCCACAGAGGAGCCCUCACAGCAGCGGCCCCACAGAUGGGGCAGCCCCGCGUCCCUGGUGCACACUGCUGCGUGGGGCUGCAGUCCUCACAUUGCUCCGUGCUGCUGCCCGGUCCCUAUGGAGAGCAGCUGACCCGGCAUAUGUUGGCAGCACGCUGUCCCCAGCAGGGGAUGUGGGCUGACAUGGCGGCAGGGAACAGCUCUGAGCACGCUGGGGAUUCAUGGCUCUAGCAGGAGACACUGCGCUCUGUCACAAGAGACCUGCCUCGCUCUGCCCUCAUCACUUCAUGCUAACGCACACACCAGCCAAACCUUGCAUCUCCUUUCCUUAUCCAUGCCUAGCAGAUCCCUGUGCGGAACAGCCUUCUCCCGUUCCCUGUGCUCUACUCUGAGGAGGCCCACACUUACGUACAUGACACGACUGCUGAAGACAUAACGGGAUACCUGGAACACUAUUUAGACGUUCCAAAGAAAAUGUUUUCCAUUCCUUAUCCGUGCUUAACAGAUCUUUGUCUGAACAGCCUCCUGGGGUUCUCCCACAUCUUACUCUGAGCAGGCUCACACCUAUGUAAAUAAUGUAACAGUGGAAGAUGUCACAGGAUACCUGGAACACUGUUUAUAUAUUCCAUGAAAAUGUCUGCCGUGGCACAAAUGAUGUAUUCCUAAGUGAACCUCAGUGCCGAUCACAAAGCUAACCGUUAUCACAAAUUUCACAGCGCGUUUGUGCCACAUGAUUACUGUUUUGUGUUUCAUCAAACAGUUUCUUACAUCACACACUUUAGUUGUCUAAUAAAAAGAAAAACUGUAUACAGUUUCA